GUUCGCCAUCGGAUGAACAGCGACUGCGCCACAGCAUCACGAGAUGCUGGAUAAUCAAUACAUGUGUAUAUCGUUCCUCUCACUUUAGACUAAAAAAUAACAUUAAAGAGCGUACUUUUCCGAUCAGCAUCAUGAAGACCGUGACGCACAACUGUACGCCAGGUAACGCCGUCAUCAUCUUUAUGCCUAAGAUGAGUCGCUUUUUGUCAUCCUUUCUACUAAGAAGCAGUCACUAUUUCACUUUUUUUAAUUCCGAUUUAUUUGGUGAAGAUUCUAUCGAAGAGAUAGCUGAAUCAGUAGAUGAGCUGCGGGAAAAACUCGCAAAUAUGAAAAAACUUAUGGAAGAGCGAAAAGGUACGACACUGGGUGAAAUUAGUGCCCGAAAGAGAAAAGAGACUUCUCACAUAAUAGAUGGCAAUUUUUUAUCCUGGAUCUUUGGAUCCACCCUUAUAGUAAUCUUAAGUGUAAGCUUCUAUGCUUUCUACAAUCUUUUUCUCGCAGUAUUGAAGAAAUUUCCAUCUCACCAUACAGAAUUAUAAGAAAGAGAACAAUUUCUAAAGUUCCAAGCAUGACAGUUGCCAGGCCAAAGUAAUCAAUAACAGGCAUGUCCAAGUUUGGCUUCGGAACUGCGACGCUUCCUCCCCUCUCUAUCUUCUCGCAGAAUGAGAUGGAGAAGGAAUGAGAUAAACAAAUACUGAGGUGACUCCAUAGAGAUCAUCAGCGUUUGAGAAUGGGGUAAAAGGGUCCUUGGAAGUUGGACAUACCAUUAUGCAGAGUGUUCCGCGAAUAAGCCGACGAACUUCGCCAGCAUAUUUGGGAGGUCAUUCUGAACAAAAAAUGUUAUAUAAACAAUCAUCAAUUCAGCUUCGUUAUCGAGAUCACCAAAAUUCUGAUACGUUUAGCUGUCGCAUUAAAGAUUACAUUCCCGUUCUGGCUGAGGUGAGCUUUCGUCUCUGUGGUAUUUGUGUUUUUUAAUGAUAAGAGUAAAUAUUAAUCUGGCUGUUGAUGUCCUCGUACAAUCCUUACAGAAAAGUAUUACUGACAAUCACUGGAGAAAAUAUUAGUGAUUAAUUGCUGGUUAGUACUUAAGUGAAAUUUGGCGAAUUACUGCAGGAAUUAAUGAUUGCAAUUACAGAAUAUCGUUUGCAGCAAAAUUAUGUUGAUGCAAAUGAGAUGAAGCAAACUAAUGUUAGAUCAUUUUAUCUGAAAGAUAGUACCGCUCUAAUUUUUGCAUUUUCUCAUCUUGCAAUGCGUACCUUUGUGAUUUCGAUCUUGAAGUGACUACUUAUCCAUAUUCUAACCAUGGUCAACGUUGCUUUACCUCAAUGAUCAAACGGGAACUUUUAAUGUUAAUGUGCUCUGAUGAUAUCUUGAAAGACUAUGCUUAUAAUAUAUUCUUAUAUCGUUCACAGAAAAUAUUUGUAAAGGUAUAAUGCUAGAAAAUGUUGGAAACGAUGCAAGAAUAAUUGCUAUGCCACGGAAAUUAAUAUAAUGUAUAUUUGUGAAUUAGUGAUGUUAUUAUUGUUUUUGGAUUUUUAAUUACAGAUUAUAGUGAAUUUUAAAGUAAACAAGUUACUCUGGAAAACAUAAGUUCCGAAACAAUUCAUAAUAAUAAUGAGAAAAUUAUAUACAUUUUUUCCGGUAUCAAAAAUUUUUAAUUAUUUUUGUUAAACAUGCAGAGAUAUUACUUCUAGAAUGCAUUUAUAACAUUCGAAAUAUAAAUGAAACAUCGUGGAUAAACUCACAGUAUAUCCUGAAAAUGUACGAAAAACGAUAUAUCAUAAUACCAAAUAUGUGAAAAAUAUUAUAGUUACAAAUUCUAAUAUUAAUAAAAGUUGAUAAUAAGCGUCAAUGAAGUUGCUGUUAAUAUUAGUAAUGAUCUUGCAUGGAUGCGGUCAAUGGAAGCACGUCUACUUGCGUGCAUAGAGACACGAGGUGCUCAUUUUGAACAAUACGUGUAAAUAUUAGUACAAUAUGUCAGUGUUAAAUGCAAUUUCACACAAAUUUCAAAUAAAUAAUUAAGCAAAAGUAUUAGACUUUAGCUAACUGGUUAAGAAAACUAAAAGACCUAGCCGCAUGAUGUCCUUGCUCCAGAAACGAAACGAUUUCUUACUGGCGAAGAAUUGGUCGAAGUGAAUUUUGAGGGUUUCCAAAAACCCGAGUUUUUUGUCCCGAAGAAAAUUUCUCAAAGAAAGAAAUAAAUAAUAGUCAAAUGGAACGAGAAUAGGGAGAAUACGGAGGUUUAACGUCCCAUUCGAAGUCCAAUAGCUUCCUACGGUUGAACGUGAAGUGAAAUCUAAGGCGUUAUCAUGAUGAAAGACAACUCCACGCCUGUUGGCCAGUUCAGGGCUGCGAUGGCAGCCUUCAUCUAGGUUGAACUUCGCUGCAUUGACGGUCUCGUUUGGCUGAAGGCCUUCAUUCGAAGAGUUUCAUCAACUUCCUCCUGACCGGCCAGAGCGAGCUUGGUCUUCCACGUUGAAAUCGCUUCGAACCUUCGAUACUCCCACUUCCGAACUAUCUAGUGGGUGAUGCAGGCAUUUCCAUACACAAAGGAUAUCUCAUUCAUGGUCUACGAAGCCGUAAAACUACGCUGAAAGCGAUACAGUAUCAUAUGGCGAAAGUGGAUUGAUUCUCCAUCCUUUCCACCUGAUUUCUGCCGAAAUGAUUGGAAAGGCCUGCGGAGGUUCCUUUGGCGGACUCACAGAUCUGGGAGGAUUUGUUGACAAACGCAAAAUCGUCCGGAAUACCCUCGUUUUCACUGAUUACCAUAACAACAUGGAGAGAUUUGAAAUGAACUCUCCAAACAACGUAAUAUUUGUUUUCAACUCAACGAUUUGUCUUCAAUUCAACUUCAAAUUUUCUCAAGAAGACAGUGAACUUUUCGAAUAGUCGUAUUCAACCAGAAUUGUAAUUGAUGUAAUUUUAGGUUUAAGAAGAAUCUUAUGAACAAUGAAUCUUUCUGUAAUUAUUAAUUUAUUGGAUGUAUCGAAGAACGUAAAAAUCGAUAAGUCAAUAACUAGUAAUAGGAGGAGUAAAUGUUCUUUGUCUUCACUUAUUAACAUUUUUAACUUGUCUUACUAUUUCCGCUUAGUCUCCUAAUAACUCAUAGUGAGAAAACAAGAUCAAGGAAUUUCUCACUAUAGAUUAGAUUAUAAGUGUAGUUAUUGAGGACAAUUAACGGAUACAAUUUUUAAAAUCAAUUUUCAUCAAAGAUUUUAAAUUGUAAUGUUGGAAGAUUUCCCCAACGAGAAAUGAACAUCGAACAAACAUCGUUGAUUUCACGUCGAUUCGAUGUAACUUCGAUUGUUUCCGAGACGUCGAUUUGAUGGUUCAUUUCUCGCUGGUGGUUAAUAGUAGAUUAAGUUGUCGAGAUUCCACAUAAUAUAUAAUUUGUAAGAUCCCCAAUAUAGAACAUAAAUAGUAAAAAUAAAGAAAUUGGGAACCUCUUCUAUACGUUA